AUGUCUUACAAGAUUCGCGUUCGUAUCUACCAGACCAAGCCCGACGCCUUCUUCCGCGUCGUCGAGCAGUCUGUUUGGACUGGUGGCUCUUGGACGAAGAACGGUGACGAGUUUAUACUCGAUAUGCACACCAGCGGCACCUCUGGCGCCCUUCGUCUCCUCGCCGACAACGGUGAGCACAUUAUCGCCGUGUUCGGUGUCCACAACUACAAGCGUUGGUGCGAUAUUGUCACGGCGCUCGGAAAGGACGCGUCUGGCACCAAGCUCCUUCCAGAGUGGUAUGUCGAGGGCACGAAUAGAGGAAAAGUCAAGUGGAGCCAGCUCGCCGAGUACAAUGUCGAUAGCACCACGCCCGUCCGCCGCAACUUUGCGAUCAAGUACACCAUUCCCGAGGGUAAUGACCUUGUGGCGACUCUUUUCGUUGGUUGGUGA